AUGGCAAUGCCUUCGACUGCCAAUUUCAAUCUCACAGCUUUGUGUAAAGAGGGUUGGUUGAAGGAGGCGCUACACAUUCUGCUUAGUACACACAAUCCGCCUGCAAACUCUUCUAUAUAUCUUCAACUGUUACAGAGGUGUAUUUCCAAGGAUGCGAUUACAGAAGGUAAACUUAUCCACUCUCUCAUCACUCACCGAGUAUUCGCAUUCGCUCCGUGCACAUAUUUUCAAAACAACCUUAUCAACAUGUAUGUCAAGUGCGGUAGUUGGAUUUAUGCACGUAAAGUAUUUGACGAAAUGACAGAACGAGAGGUUUCCUCGUGGAAUGUCAUAAUUGCAGCCUACAGAAGAAAUGCGAAUCCUCAGGAAGCAUUGUCACUGUUUUACCAAAUGCAACGAACAGGGGUACAGCCUGAUCAAUUCACUUUUGCCACCAUAAUCCCAGUCUGCGCCAAAACAAGAGCUUUGGAACAGGGUAUGGGUAUUCAUGAAAGCAUCGUGGAAAGGGGGUUUUCGUCCGAUGUUGUAGUUACCAGUGCCCUGGUAGACAUGUACGUAAAAUGUGGAAGCAUACACAAGGCACAUCAACUGUUUGAUAAAAUGACUGAAAGAGAUGUAGUCUCAUGGAAUGCGAUGAUUGCAGGAUAUGCACAAAAUAGAUUUUAUGAAAAGGCCUUGGAAACUUAUAAGAAAAUGCAAUUGGCAGGUGUAAAGUCAGUCUCUUCAACCUUUGCCAGCAUCCUUCCAGCCUGUGCUAAAAUAGGAGAUUUGCAGCAGGGGAUCGACAUACAUAAAAGUAUAAUCGAAAGUGGGUUUUCCUCGGAUGUUGUAGUUGCAAACGCCUUGGUGGACAUGUAUGCAAAAUGUGGAAGAUAUGCACAAAAUGGGCUCGUCGAAAAGGCUUUGAAAACUUUCAAUCAAAUGCAAUUGGCAGGUAUAAAGCCAAUGUCCACAACUUUUGCUAGCAUCAUUCCAGUCUGUGGCAAGAUUGGAGCUUUGGAACAGGGCAUGUACAUCCAUCAGAGCAUAAUCAAAAGUGGAUUUUUAUCAGAUAUUGUGGUUGCGAGUGCCCUAGUGGACAUGUAUGCAAAAGGUAAAAACAUACAUAAGGCCCGCGAUCUGUUUAACAAAAUGCCUCAAAAAAAUGUGGUCUCUUGGACUGCAAUGGUUGCAGCAUAUGCACAAAAUGGAUAUGCACAAAAUGGCUUUUGCAAAGAUGCUCUUAGAGUCUUUGAACUAAUGAAGCACUCUGGAACAAACCCUGACCAUGUAAGCUUCGCUUCUGUUUUACUGGCAUGCAGCUAUGUGGGUUUAGUGGAUGAGGGCUGUAAGUAUUUCAGUGACAUGAACAACUCUUAUUGCAUUAUACCUAUAAUUGAUCAUUUUGUAUGCAUGAUUGACCUUCUUGGUCGUGCUGGCUAUCUUGAGGAAACUCUUAACUUUAUUAUCAAAAUGCCAAUUCAACCUGUGGUGGUUGUGUGGACAUGUUUGCUUGGUGCCUGUAGACCACAUAAGAACAUAAGGUUAGGGGUGUUUACGGCAACGAUUCUUUUUGAGUUGGAUCCUAACAAUGCUGCGACUUAUGUUCUUCUGUCGAACAUCUAUGCAGACAUGGGCAGGUGGGCUGAAGUUCAAAGAGUAAGAAGAUUGAUGAAUGAUAGAGGAAUACAAAAGACACCUGGAUGUAGUUGGAUUGAAGGCCAUAAAAAGGUACAUGCUUUUUUUGUAGGAGAUAGAUCACAUCCACAGGCACACGAUAUCUAUGCAAAGUUGGAGGAGUUGUCAUGGGAGAUGAAGGCAGCAGGGUAUUUACCAGAUUCAACACAUGCACUGAAUGAUGUCGAAGUGGAGGAAAAAGAUUUAUUCCUCUGCCAUCAUAGUGAGAAGUUGGCAAUUGCAUUUGGAUUGUUAAAUACACCCCCUGGAACAACUAUUAGAGUCGUUAAAAACCUUCGAUCUGGUAAAUGCAUUUAUGCAUUACACUGUAGAUCAUCACCCAGUGUGUCUACAAAUAGAAUGAAUACUAUAAAGAAAAAUACAAGAGUUGCAGCAAACUACUCGAAGCAGAGCAGUCAAAAGACAUUCCAGUGA